AAUUUCUACUUGCCGACCAGCAACAACAUAACGUGGUCGGUGUGCUCGGCUUCCUGCGCUUGCUGUUGCCAUUAAUCAUACAUGGAUUCAGCACUGAUUGUCCGGACGAUUGCGAUGAUGGCCACAGCACACAAGCACACGCCGGAGUCAAUAAAGGCAAGGCAAACACACGAACGACACCGAUGAAGACAGGCGCAGGCGGUGCGCAUAUAACAACAACAGCAGCAGCAAAAACAACUGCAAUGCCAAUCAACACAGAGUGCAGGCAAAUUAUUGAAAUUUUCGAUUAUUGUUUGCAUUUGUUGAACAUCAGCAGUGCUUCUCAGCAUUCCAUCAUAAAUGCCGCACUUGAGGUCAUCAAUGCAGUGCUGCAGGCACUCGAUGCUGCUGCCAACAACAGCAACCAAGGCAACGGCAACGGCAACGGCAAAGCCAACAGCAACAACAAUGAUAUUUUAAAAUGUUUGCAAACAGCAUUGUGUAAUCAACAAUUGCAACAUGCCGAGUAUCUGCGGCGAAGGAAAUCAUUAAAGAAUCAAAUAUUCCAAUUGAGAAAUUACGAAGCGACAGCCGCAGCAACGGUUGGGCCGACACCUGCAUGGCAGCAGCGGGGUAGCGUUCCAAGUGAUUUCCAUGAAUUUACUGUAAAAGAUGUUGACAGCGAAGGUGAAGUUGUACUGCGUCGAGCACCGAAUAUGCGAUUUACUGGUCGCAGCGUCAGUGAAUGU